AAUCAAUGUGACGCUACUUCCUCAUAAAACCGUAAAGACUCAAAACCUUUUAAAUAUACUUCUCAUACUAAUGAACACACUAAAGACAGAGAUCACGUGUUCCGGAACAUUCCACGGUGCUGCGCGGGAGCGCGCCCGGUGAGUCAAGCGGGAGCGCGCAUAUCUUUGGCGCGCGAGGUUUUAAAGCUGGAAGUAAAGCGGAAGCUCGUUUUUCAGAAAGCGCAGCGUGGAUUUAACAAUGUUCGUGACACCGAUAACUUUACUAUGUCUUCUUCCCUUCGUGGCCGGAGCGUCUCGUGCCGUUUGCCCGGAUUCCCCGAUAGUGGCGGCAGAAGGAAGCGCCGUCACUCUGCCGUGUCACCUGGAGCCCCAGGUGAACGUCCAGAGCCGCACGGUGGACUGGAGGAGGCUGGACAGCUGUGUGCAGGUCCUCCCCGGGCGGGUCCUCCCCGGGCUGGUCCACGGUUAUCGAUACCGGAAGCAGAACCUGAACGACCAGCGCGUUGAGUUCAGGAACAGGACGACGCUCCACGGAGACCUGAGCAGAGGGAACCUGUCGCUGCUCAUCUCCUCGGUGACUCCGAAGGACUCUGGAUCGUACAGGUGCUUCGUCUCCAAGCCGGACCACGUCUGCUGCGUCAACCUCACUGUUGAACCCAGAGACCAAGAGGACCGGACAACGAGACCUGGUUCCAGCUCCGCUGUCGCUCCAGUGGAAGAGGAACCAGACGCAGAAGAUCGAGAUGCUGCAAAGAACUCGACUGUGUGGAUCGUCGUCGUCGUCGUCGUUGUUGUUGUUGCUCUUUUUGUUGUUGCUCUUCUUCUGAGGAAUCGUAAAACAAUCAAGAAGAUGUUCAGAUGGACGAGGACGAGGACGCCCGGCGUUGGAAUGGUAACCAUGACGACCCGACAAACGGAGGCGCAUGGAGAGCGUCCCGUCGAGGCCGGAGAGCCGUUGGUCGCUGACGAGAACCGCUUAUCCGGUUGAUUUAAGGACCGUUUUAUUGAUCUGCAUUUUAAUUUACCCCCCAAAAAUAUACGCCGACAGCCUCUUCAGACGUCGGAGAGAGAGGAGCGCCUUCUAGUCUGCUGAUUUUAAACGUAUUUAAUUUGAGAUUAUUUAUUCUACUUGAAAUACCAUUUGAAGAAGUGGACUUGCCCAGGUGCAUGAUGGGAAAACCGCCUGGCCUGUCGCCGGAUCAAAGAGCUGAUUGGCUCCCGGCUUUUAAAACAAAAUCCACGUUUUUGUCAAAACAAAAAGGAUUUUCUGUGAAAUCAUCAUAUUUAACACGACCAUGUUGUGCAAUGAAGGUUUAAUUGUAAAAAAAAAAAAAAAAAAAAGGCAACGUUGUUACAGUAUUCUUUCAUAAAAA